AUGCCAUGCAGAUACAUCAAUAAGUGUGUGGGAGCUUCUAUCCUCGACACUGCAAAAGAUCUGUCUUCUGGUACGGAGGCACUACAAGCUGAUGAUGUCCAGCGAGAUGUGAUUAAGUACGCGUCGUAUUGCGCACUCGGACUUGCUGCCCUUUACCUUCUACUACUGCUGUGUCUAUGCAAGAGGAUUCGGCUGGGCAUCGCUCUGAACAAGGUCGCUGCACAGUUCGUCUACAACAACAAGUUGGUUAUGAUAAUUCCAGUACUGCAAACUUUGAAGUGUAUGGGGUGGUGGGCAGUUUGGCUAAUCGCCGUUUGCUUCACCGUCAGCAACGUUCCCGAUGCCAAGAUCAAGACAGGUGUGCACGCGCAGUUCACAAAGUAUUUUACGCCCAACGAUGCUAAGGGCUCACUCGGGACUAAACCUCUCCGAACCGGCAUCAAGAAUGCCGUUAUCUAUCAUCAGGGGACCUUAUCAUUUGGAAGCUUCGUUUUGGCAAUCGUUCAGUUUAUAAAGUGGUGGCUGAGAUAUCUCGCGAAACAAGCUAAAUUGCAACACAAUAAAGUCAUGACGAUUCUGUUCAAAAUUCUCAGCUACUGUGUGGCGUGCUUCGAGAAAUGCAUAAAGUUCCUCAACAAGAAUGCCUACAUUCAGACGGCUUUACUAGGCACUAAAUUCUGUACAAGUGCCAAGAACGCUUUCUUCUUAAUUCUUCGUAACGCCGCACGCAUCGGCGUCCUCGGCGCGAUCGGAAAUGCAGUGCGACUAUUCGGGUAUCUCUUCAUAAUGGGUAAGCUCGGUGCUACUGCUGCGGCUGGUUAUUUCAUCACGUUAGAGAUGUACGAUGGUGAAAUCAACAGCCCUGUGGUGCCCAUCAUCAUUUAUGUCGUGGUUGGGUAUGUUGUCGGAAAGUUGAUAACGAAUGUCUUUGGUCUAGCCGUGGAUUCAAUGUUGCAAUGCUUCGUGGCUGACGAGGAGUUGAACAAGGCCUCGGGUGGAGCACAGUGCACGCCUCCAUUGCUCAAGAAAUUCCUUGAUAAGAAUAGCAAAAGAUGA